CUCCACCGCGCUCCUUUCGGGUAACAAAAUGUCGGACUCCAGUUCGGACGAAAGUAGUCAGGAAAGUUGGACUCCGUAUUCGGAGCGAGACGAGUGGAAUGACAUCGCUCCUGUUACCCAGGAUGAUGGGCCACACCCUGUCGUACAGAUCGCUUACUCUGACAAGUUUCGAGAUGUAUAUGACUACUUCCGAGCUGUUGUUGAACGUAAUGAAAUCAGCGAACGAGCUUUCAACCUUACCAAGGAUGCUGCGGCCCUGAAUCCUGCAAACUACACUGUCUGGCACUUUAGACGUGUACUAGUGAAAGAACUGAACAAAGAUCUGAAAGAGGAACUCAGUUAUAUCACCAAAGUCAUCAACUCUCAUCCCAAAAAUUAUCAAGUCUGGCAUCAUAGACGUGUGAUAGUUGAAUGGUUACAGGACCCAGCACAGGAACUCGACUUCACGGCUAAAAUCUUACAGGACGAUGCCAAGAACUACCACGCCUGGCAGCAUCGUCAGUGGGUUAUACGCGAGUUUGACCUCUGGGAUAACGAGCUGGAAUAUGUAGAGAAGUUACUACGGGAGGACUUGAGGAACAAUUCGGCAUGGAACCAGCGUUAUUUUGUAAUCAACAACACAUCACAGUUCACUGAUGAAGUGAUUGACAGGGAGAUAAGAUUUACCCAGGACUAUAUCAGAAAAGCUCCAAACAAUGAAAGUGCUUGGAAUUAUUUAAAAGGUGUACUAAUGGAUCGUCAGCUACAGAAAUACCCGUCAGUGUUGGAAUUUUGUCAGCAAUUAUACGAUGAUAGAUAUCGUUCACCAUAUCUGAUUGCAUACAUGAUUGACACAUAUGAGGAAAUGUUAGAACAAGGAUGUAAAGAUAAAAUGGGAACUCUUAAAAAGGCAGAAGAGCUAUGUAAUUGCCUAGCAGAUGAAUAUGAUCAAAUUCGAAGUGAAUAUUGGAACUAUGUGUCAAGGUCGCUGAAUAUGAAAUUUGGUGCAGACAUUCAACAACAAAAUGUUCAGCAGGAAUGUGAUUCAUAAUGCUAACCAUUCUGUCACCCCUUGGAAAUGAAAAAUGGAUCAACCUGGAUAGAAUAGCGGAGCAGUCCAAUACAACAAAAUGGGGAUCAUUUUCUGAAAUGGAACCUUUCCUAGCAUUUAUGAUGUUGAAGAUUAUUUUGAGAAUUCAGCAAUGGAAAUAGAGUUUUAGGUUUAUUGCAAAACUAUAAUUUGUUUAAGCGUCUGUUCAGAAAAUAUUAGUGUUUUCUUUUGAAUUCUCGAGUCUUAAGUAUGUCUGAUUCAAAUUGUUAAUGGAUUUGUCCUUUUAUAGUGUAGCUAUUAUGGCUAUGUGUCUAUAAAGCACUUUUCUUGUGAUCAUAUGAUAGAAAAGGUGUACACUACAGUGAAUUUAUUUAAAUUCAUGGGCACAAAAUUUUAUUGUUUUGAUAAAAAAUCCUUUAGUAUGGAUAUAAAUUCGCGGAUUUCAGCUUUUGAAAAUAACAUGAUUUGUAAAUUCACUUUUUUGUAGGGAUUAAAUCCAUGAAAAUAAGAUCCCAACAAUAUUAAUGUUUUAACAGUAAAUCCUUUUAUAGACGCUUUAAAUAGAGAAAUAAAGUCUUUCCCCAAAGAAGUAAACACCAAUUUUUACAGGUGAUAAUAUUGAUGAAUGUGAAUUCAUGAAAAAGAUACAUGCCAAGAAAAUCAAAGAAUGGAAGGUUUCUUGGUAGACAGGACUUCCAUUAUAUGCAUCAUACUUAUCAAAACCUCAAAUGUUAAUUUAAAAUACCAUAGAUGGACACAAGAUGUUCUUAGUUUCAUUGAUAAGAUGAGGUUUAAAGUAUUACAAAGAAAAAUGUUGCGCAGGUGUAUAAGGGGUGACAGGUCACAUGUUCAUUUUUUUUUCAGUUUUUCACAUAUUUAUAAUGUUUAAUAAACAGGUUAUCUGUUUUUAUAUCAGAAUGUAUCAGCAUUGUUAUACAGUGUGCAUGUAUUUGAUUUUUUUACCAUUUGAGUAUUGUUAAGCUUUACUGAGAUUCAGUUUGUAUGCCUAACCCUUUGGUUAUAUUAAUUAUAGACUUCCAGUUUAUACAACAAUGCAACCACUCUUAUACACUGAUCUGAAGAUACUGUUUUGUUUAUUGACGUACAGAAGUUGUUGUUUUGAAGAUGUUAAUUUUCUAAAGAACUUUUUCUAAUGGGAAAGAAAAUAACAUCCUUUCUGUAUGUGUUUUUGUUUUUUAUUGGUUUAAUGUCACACCAACACAGUUACAGGUCAUAUGGUGACUUCCAGCUUUUGAUGGUGAAGGAAGACCCCAGGUGUCCCUCUGUGCAUUAUUCUAUCAGGGCUGGCACCUGGGUAGAACCAUCGACCUUCAGUAAGCCAGCAAUAUCCGUGUGAGGCUUGAACACACAUCAAUUAGGGGCAGUUGAUUUAAAGACAGCGACCUUAACUGAGCCGUGCCAUGAGAAAACCAACAUAGUGGGUGUGCGACCAGCAUGGAUCCAGACCAGCCUGCGCAUCCGCGCAGUCUGGUCAGGCUCCAUGCUGUUCGCUUUUAAAGUCUAUUGGAAUUGGAGAAACUGUUAGCGAACAGCAUGGAUCCUGACCAGACUGCGCGGAUGCGCAGGCUGGUCUGGAUCCAUGCUGGUCGCAAAACCACUAUGUUGGUUUUCUCAUGGCACGGCUUAACUACUGGCCACACAGGCCCAUUUCCUUUCUGUACAGACGAAGUCAAUUCUCUUUGGAGGUGGAAUUAACAGCGUUUUUACUGUAAUUAUAGAGAUUCUGGUAAGACCUGCUGUAAAACUUUUUUGUUAUACAUAAAGUAAACUACUUGCUAUUUUUUACAUGAUUUCCAUUACCAAGUGUUUUCUUCAGUAAUAUACUCAGAUGAGUAGGCUGGUGUUGUUUUUACUGUAUGCUGUUAUAGUGUUGGUGAGCAUUUGAUUUUUGGUGUGUGUUCGCUUCCUUGAACUAGGACAAUUUUACAAUUUUUAUCUAGCAGUUAAAGUUUCUUCCAUUGUUUCUAAGAUGAUAAGGAAAAAAAUGUAAAAACAUGCUCCGAGUUAAUACUAAAAAAAGUUUUUUGUUUCCUACAGCACAAAAAAAAACUAGCUAGUUUUUGGUCUUUCAUUGUAUUGCUCAAUUGAUAUUAGAUGUUUGCAAAGGUCCGAGGUUUAGGGCAUUUUUACUUUAUAUUAGUAAAUAGUUCAUGGACUUGAUGUACUCUAUGUAGAUGCUAUACUUAAGUAGUUCGUGGACAUAGUAUACUCUCUGUGUAGAUGCUAUACUUCCAGUAGAGUUUUCAUAGACAGGGCAAAUAUAUAGCCUUUAUUUACUAUACUGAAAAUAACUUUUAUUUUCACAAAUGACACGAAGGCGACUGCCUGAUAUGAUUUUUCUGAAAUGAUUGCAAAUAGGUAGUGUUCAAAUUUAUUUUGUUUUUAAUUUGAACAGUAAAAUGGAUAACCUGAAAGAAGUUAAUAAAUUGAUGAUUAAUUUGUCGGUUUGUAUUAUAGUUUUUUAAACAUUUACUUCCAAUUUUUUUCUCCAGUAGAAAUAAAAAUCAAGUCUAUUGAGGGAAAAUACAAAUUGAUAAAUGCAGUAUAUGAGAGGUUUUUGUUAUGUAAAUAUUGGAAAAAGAUGAAAACACCAGAAAUGUCUCAUGCAAAUGUUGUUUUUUUUAAAUGCAGAGAAGAAGCAAACAUGUAAUUUGCAAAAAUUUUGUUGUUUAUAAUUUAUAUAAUUAUUCAUAUGAUUUUGUUACUGAAUUUACUGUUAAGUUCAAUAUUAAUUUUGAUGUUUCUCCACUGCUAAUAGAUUUGAAGGAAUUGUCAAACAGUUAUAUUAAUAUGGACUACAAUAAGAUUGAUAUAUUUUGUUAUAAUAUACAGUGUUAUUCCGAAUUUGACAUUAUACAAUGGAAACAUUGUAAAUAUUUUAUACAUUUCACAGUCAUUAUACGAGGGGAGAAAAAUGAAAUAAAAAUUUGGAAAUAAAAUUACAACUGAUAUGUAUUUCUGUUAGAAUUUUUUUUUGCAGAUCGUGUUGAAUGGUGUUAAAUUCUGAUUUAAUGUUAUUUUUAGUUAGGCAGCUAUUGCUCAUUCACUUUUGAUGAAAGGGAGGUAAUUAUUUGCACUUAUUGUGAUAGUUUGAUUAAAGGGAGGUAAUUAUUUUCCUAGAUUUGGAAUGAACUUAAGCGGAAAUCAUCAGUUAAGAUUUGAUAGAUGUAUGAAACAAUUUGUUGAAAUUGCCUAGAUUUUGAAGUUACCAGGGUCUUAGGUUAGGAAAAAACAGAGUUUGGAGUAGAUUGGUUGCCAUUGGUCAAUUUGAAAAAUGUUCACAGCCAAUCGGGUGCUUGAGAUUUUAUGUUUGUCUCUUAACUUGGGGGUUUAUAACGUAGGAUCCAGGAAUAGCAGAAUUGUAUAAGUUUAUCUACAUAGGCUAUUUAACCAAUUACUAUAUUCACUUGUUUUCUAUCAAUUAAAGUUAAGGUGCUCAACAUAGUUCUUCGUUGUAAAAUUCUAGAAAAUCCUAAUUGGUUGUUUGUUUGAAUUUAGACUUACUAGCUUCAAAUGCCAAAUGGAUUUAGUUACUGUUAAAAUGUCUUAACAUGUUUCUUUUUUUUUUUUUUUUUGUUAAUAUGCUUUGUAUGUAUGUGACUUUUGUCAGUUUUAUAUGUAUUUGUUGUACUGGAGUUAAAAAAAAGAUCAUGGCUGGAAAUGAAAAUAAUAAUAGAGAGAUUGUGAUUUCUGUACUUGUGUGGGUAGGGAUACCUGCAAUAAUCCUAAACAUAAAAAUGAUAAAUGUCUGCUAAAGAUUUGCUGAUAAAUCAUAUCAAUUUGAACACUUCAGAAACUUAAAACUACAGGACGUAACUCAAGUUUUGUGAAUGAUUUACUUUUUACCUUAGAUUGUUAUUGAAAUAAAAAGUGAAACCCUACGCGUAAUCCUACCAGUACAAGUAUGUAAUUGCAAGCUCUGAUAUGGAGAGAAUGUUUCAUACAGGGAAAUCUCUGACUGAAUAAAAAAGCCUGCCCACUUAGCUUAGUUGGGAGAGUGCAGAUCUAUACAGAUGGCAGAGUGAUUAGUUUAAUCCCUGGGCAAGGCACGUGUUCUCUGUGACAAUGGAUGAAACACAUAGUGUCUGAAAUCAUUAUCCUCAACCUCUGAUUUAUGUGGAGAAGUUGGAAGUUACUUAUGGAGAACAAGUUACUACUGGUACAGAAUCCAGGAACGCUGGUUAGGUUAAUUGACAGCCAUAAUAUAAAUGAAAUACUAUUUAAAGAACAGUGCUAAAAUUAAGCAAACAAAUAGUUCUGAAAAAAAAUCAGCAUAUGUUAAGAAAAUUGUUUUUACUUGUUAUCAUGACAAAGGGUCUUUCGAUAUAAACCAGGAUGUUUCACCUCUCAGUGAAAUAUUUUGUCAAAGAAAUAAUGAGACUGAAAUAAAGGUCUAAUAUACCCUUUUAA